AUGGCUACCAGCUUUGCAGAUAGACAGAGAUUGCUUAUGGCAACCUUUGGUAAUCAAGGAAUUAGGAAGCCAGCACCGCCUCCAUCAGCUGAAGACACAGCGGCUGAGGAAACAGUAAGUCAUACAGGACAUAGUGCGCAUGCAAUUAGAUCGCCUCCGCCUCCACCCGAACCAACAUAUAGAUAUGAUUUCCCUACAAAUAAUUUGAAGCCGCCACCAUUCAGAAAAGAAAAACACGAAUAUCCAUCUAAAUCUUCAUUUGGUACUACAAAAGCUAGAGAAUUUCAUGAUUUCAUAUUAGCUAAUAUUUCUAAGGAUGCAGCGCCGCCGCAAUCUAGUUCUGGAGGCGCUCCUCCACCGCCAUCGAAAUCUGGUGCAGCUCCUCCACCACCUCCACCACCUCCCCCACCACCUCUACCAAGAAGAUAA